AUGGGGCGCAUGAAUGAAAUGCCUUACGCUGAUUGGUUCAUCAGUACCGUGACGUCACCACCAGCCCCCUCCCCCUCUCCUCCCCCUCCCCCAUAUCAACACCACACCACCAACAACAACAACACCAGCAGCACCACCACCAGCAACACCAGCAGCACCACAACCACCAACAACAACAACAACACC